GUUCGAACGUUGCGUGUCCCUUGUUCCAACUUUUUGCAAUUGUUAAUAGCACCAUGUCAUAUUACGGAGGCGGCAGCGGCGGAGGCGGAUAUCGCGAUUCGGGUGGAUACGGUGGAGGUCCCGGAGCAGGAGGCGGUGGCUACGGAGGAGGAGGAGCGUACGGAGGUGGGGGAGGAGCGUACGGCGCCGGAGGCGGCUACGGCGGUGGAGGAGGAGGUGGCUACGGCGGUCCGCCCAUGGGAGGUGGCGGUGCCUACGGCAGCUCCAACCUCGGUGCUACGCUUGGAUCCAUUGACUUUAGCAAGACGGAGCUCGUACAGUUCGAAAAAGACUUUUAUAUUGAACAUCCCGACGUGCGUGCCCGGAGCGAUCAGGAAGCCGACGCCUGGCGGGCUUCGAAACAAAUCGUGGUGCGCGGACACGAUGUGCCCAAACCCGUCAUGACUUUCGACGAAGCUUCCAUGCCGGAAUACGUGCUGAACGAAGUGCUCAAGUGUGGAUUCGACAAGCCCACGCCGAUUCAAAGCCAGGGUUGGCCCAUGGCCUUAAAGGGACGCAACAUGGUGGGCGUGUCCGCCACCGGAUCCGGUAAAACGUUGGCGUUCCUCUUGCCCGCCAUGAUUCACAUCAAUGCCCAGCCGUAUUUGAAACCAGGUGAUGGUCCCAUUGUUCUCGUGUUGGCCCCCACCCGUGAAUUAGCCGUGCAAAUCAAAGAAGAAUGUGACAAGUUUGGUAGUUCGUCCGAAAUCAAAAAUACCGUUGUUUACGGUGGAGUCAAAAAGCACACGCAGCUUCGCGAGUUGCGUGCGGGAGCCGAAAUUUGCAUCGCCACGCCCGGACGUUUGAUUGAUCACUUGGAGCAGGGCAACACUAAUCUCAAACGCGUCACGUACCUGGUCUUGGACGAAGCUGAUCGCAUGUUGGAUAUGGGGUUCGAGCCUCAAUUGCGCAAGAUCGUCUCACAGAUUCGUCCCGAUCGUCAGGUGCUCAUGUGGAGCGCGACCUGGCCAAAGGAAGUCCAGGCCUUGGCGAACGACUACCUUCAAGACUUUUACCAAGUCACAGUCGGUUCUCUGGAUCUAUCAGCCAACAAGGAUGUGACGCAAAUUAUUGAAGUGUGCACGGACAUGGACAAGUAUCGUAACCUACAGCGUUAUUUGCGCGAGAACCUUAGUCCCAAAGAUCGUGUCCUGGUUUUUGUGGAAACGAAGAAGGGAUGCGACAUGCUCACACGUUCCUUGCGCUCUGACGGUUUUCAAGCUCGUGCCAUGCACGGAGACAAAUCUCAGGAAGAGCGUGAUUGGGCGUUGCGUGAAUUCAAGGGUAUGCAAAGUACACUUCUGGUAGCUACGGAUGUUGCUGCGCGUGGAUUGGAUGUUGACGAUAUCCGUAUUGUAGUAAACUUUGAUUUUCCCAAGGAGAUGGAUAGCUACAUUCACCGUGUUGGCCGUACCGGACGUGCCGGUAAGAAAGGUUUCGCAGUGUCUUUCUUUGUCCCCGACAAGAACGCUCGUCUGGCCAGGGAACUGGUUGAUAUCCUCAACCGCACGUCCCAGAAUGUCCCUCAGGAGCUCCAAGCCUUGACCAGCUUUUCUGGUGGCCGUGGAGGGGGAGGGCGUGGUCGUGGUGGUCGACGCUACUAG